AUUGUUCUGACUGAUAUUGGAACGUUUUAUUUUCUGUUGAAUUGUGGGGUUUUUUUAUUUUGAGAUUUAACCGUUGCGAUUUUCAAAAUUUCAAAUAUGGCGCGAAUGAAAUUGAGCGGGGCAGCACGAUCGACCUAACAGCUGCGUACACCUAUUUUCUUAACCUCCACGGAACGCAUGAACGGUGCGCGUAUAAAAAAAAUUAGACAUUCAAAAUUUCACGUUGAAGAAAGGAAAUGAGCGAUGCCGAACUUCAAGAGGAGGAAAGAGAAGUAUUGCUGUCGAUAUACGAUGGAGACGCGGCUUUUAAACAGCUGACACCUACUACAUUUCAAUACAAGUUUGGAGAAGACAACGAUGCUAAAUCAUUUCUAUUGGAGAUCACGUGGGGUCCAACAUAUCCUUCGGAGAAACCUACCAUUAAUAUGAACACUUUUUACAACAAACAUAUUGUACAAGAAGUGAAGGAUAAUGUGCUGAAACACGUGGAAGCAGAAGCUAAUCAGUGGCUUGGAAGUGCCAUGACAUACACAUUAUUCCAAUCUGUUCAAGAGCAUUAUCUUGAACUGAUUUCCGCACAACCAGAAUCUAUCAUUGAUCUCAACUCUCAAACUAGCCAGCUUAAAAUAACAGAGGAUAAACAACAGACUGAAGAGACAACUAAGAAACCCAAGAAGGAACACCUGAGUAAAGCCCAGAAGCGUAGACAGUGGAAUAAAGCAGACGGAAAGGGAGAAAGACCACGAGGAUGGGACUGGGUGGACAUAGUGAAACAUUUAUCACAAACUGGUCCUAAGCAAGAGCAAGAGUCUUAGUUCAACAGAGAAAUUUUGUACAGGUUAAAAGCGUGUUAUAUUUUUAUAAAUUAUUGGAAAUAAACUGGUUUCCAUAUCAGUUUUACCAUGCUAUAAUUACCUGUGAUAAAAAUUUGUAAGAAAAUAUUUAUGAAUAAUUUUAUCUCAUCGCCAAUAGAUAGGUACAAGAUAUGCAAAUAAAAUUACAUAAAUUAUCAACAGUUAUAAAAUUUUAUCGAGGUAAAUAAUGUCGUGAAAGGAGCAAUGAUAUUUAAAUGCUU